AUGCGGGACAAUCCAGAUGGAGUUUUGACUCUUUUAAACAUUGAUGUUACAACCUUCGACAGCAUCCUGACUUUCAUUUACACAGGUCGGGAUGUUGUCUGUGAUGAGAAUGCAGAGAGUCUUCUUCGUGCAGCAACUACACUUCAAAUGAUGAUGGAGGAGGCAAAGAGGUAUCAUAUGUUACCUUCAAGGCGCCAGGAAUUCACGUAA